AUGGAAACGAUUGGAGUUGGCCUUAUCGGAUGCGGCGGCAUGGGCAGAAGCCUUGCCACCAGCGCACACGCCGUUGACGGAAUAGAAGUUAUCUCUGUUAGUGAUGUGCAAGAAGCACUGGCUGAAAAACUUGCCACAGACCUCGGUACGUCCUAUACACUGGAUUACCACGAAUUACUCGCCGAUGAUCGGAUUCGUGCGGUCCUAAUCGCGUCCCCACCGUUUAUGCACUCACAGAUGGCAGUUGAUGCCGCGAACGCAGGCAAACACGUCUUUUCCGAAAAGCCGAUGGCACCUACAUUGGAUGCCUGCGACGCGAUGAUUGCCGCCGCAGAUGAAAAUGGUGUCAAACUUACGAUCGGUUUGGUAUGUCGUUACCACGGCACGCAUUCCGUUGUUCGCGAAAUUGUGCAGAGUGGUGAACUCGGGGCACCCGCCUGUAUGAUGGUGCAUCGCAUCGGCGGACCGUGGCGUAGCGGGUACAGUCACACGCCGUGGCGACUGGAACGUGCGAAGUCUGGUGGGAGUCUCAUGGAAAUCAAUGCCCAUGAAAUGACUUUAUGCGCUGGACCUGUGGAGAUGUCACUGCUGUCUAUGCCGCCGGCGGACAAUACGGACCAGAUAAGAGCGACUAUCCAGAUGUUGUGCUUGCUUCCUUACAGUUUGCAAACGGAGCAGUUGGCUUGCUCCACUCCAGCCAUGUCUCCGCUGCUGGUGGGUAUGGCGGACGCGUCGAUUGUGAAGGCGGCUCCAUCUAUUUUCCACAGAUCUGGGGCGGCGAUGCAGCCAUCCAGAUUAAACCUUUUGAGGGUGAAGGGCGGCAGAUUAAAGUAG